AAACACCCCCUCCUCAUCGUGUAGAAAAAAUGGCGGACAAGCGCUAAAUCCACAUCAGAAACAAACACACACGUUACAAAGCAAGACGGAAAACAAGGAGCGGGCCGCUUUAACUUGGACGCCACCCCCCUUGGCGGAGGAAAAAGGCGCACUUCCAUUGAAAAGGAAAUCACCCGGAGAGGAGAAACGCUGCUAAACGGUUAUGAAGUUUUAAGUCUUAAGAGUGGAGGCCACUGUUGUGUUGUGAGCUUGGUCAGUAUUGCUGGAGCAUGAGGAAACCUGUGCCACAGAAAGCUAUAGAGUGGAAAGAUGCCAGAAGGAUCAAGCAUGCCCGGAGUGGACGGCCCUCCCGGGUGCCUUCACAGUACCAAGGGCAUUUCAGUUGGGAGAAAUACCUGAAAGAGACGGGCGCCAUCGCUGCGCCCUCGUCUUGUUUCAGACAGAGCCUCACACCUCCUCUUAACGAGUUCAAGGCAGGGAUGAAGCUGGAAGCCCAGGAUCCGCGAAACACCACGUCCACCUGCAUCGCCACAGUGGUGGGUCUGACGGGCUCACGGCUGCGGCUGCGCUUGGACGGCUCCGACAACAAGAACGACUUCUGGCGCCUGGUGGACUCCUCAGAGAUCCAGCCAAUUGGCAACUGCGAGAAGAACGGGGGCAUGCUGCAGCCGCCACUUGGUUUCCGUCUCAAUGCGUCCUCCUGGCCCAUGUUCCUUCUGAAAACACUAAAUGGAGCUGAGAUGGCACCCUCUCGCAUCUUUCACAAGCAGGAGCCUCCCGCCCCAGAGCAGAACUCCUUCCAGGUUGGCAUGAAGCUGGAGGCGGUGGACCGUAAAAAUCCCCACUUUAUCUGCCCGGCCACAGUGGGUGCACUGCGCGGCGUCGAGGUGCUGGUCACCUUUGAUGGCUGGCGGGGGGCCUUUGACUACUACUGCCGGUAUGACUCGCGUGACAUCUUCCCUGUUGGCUGGUGCACCCUCACUGGAGACAACCUUCAGCCGCCUGGCACCAAAGGUCUGGACCUUAACAUCGUGUUGCCGAAGAGCCUUGGGGCACUGACAGACGGGAGUGUGGAGAGCCCAGCCAUGCACCCCACCCCCAUGGUGGGCAGACCUCCAGGUCAAAGAGGACGCAAGCCAGGCCGUAGGAAAACCAAGGUGACGGGGCCCUGGAGUCAGAAGGGCUCAGCGCUGGGACCACAGAGCAUGCAGUCAGGCAAAGGCCUUGAGCCCAUCAAGGUCCCCAAGAAACGAGGGCCCAAGCCUGGCAGUAAGCUGGGCUGGGCAAAGAGAGCCGGCUGGCUGGAAGAUGCCAUGGCUGGGCCAGGGCGGCCGGUGACAGGGCCAGGGCGAACCAGGGGCAGGCUGCCUGCCAACUGGACACAGAGGAUAGCUCUGCAGCAGGCCCAGACUCAGGCAGAACCCAUCAAGAUCCCAAAGAAAAGAGGGCCCAAGCCGGGCAGCAAGAGAAAACCACGCGUGGUACCUAAUCCAGUCCCCACGUCUCCCACCAGCAGCACCCCAGAGCCCGACACCAGCACUGUGCCUCUGGACAACGCCACCAUCCCCAACUCUGCACUACAGGCCCCCACAGUUUGUGUUUACCUAAACAAGUACGGCAAGGUGGGGCCCCAUUUGGACCAACGGCGUAUCCAGCAGCUCCCGGACCACUUUGGGCCAGGCCGGGCCUCUUCGGUGCUUCAGCAGUGCGUUCAGGCUUGCGUGGACUCUGCCCACAACCAGGGCACAGUCUUCUCCUGCCUCAAGUCUGGACAAGGAGGCGAAGUCAUUUCAGCCUACUUUGACCAGCAGCAGCACACCCUGACCCUGCCCACAGUCAGCAGUGUCACCUACGUCCUCCGCUUCCUGGAAAAACUCUGCCACAACCUUCACUGCGACCCGCUGUUUGGCAGCCAGCCUGUAGCCAGAGGAGGCCUGCACUACGACAGUCACACAUACACUGCAGAGAGGAGAGGUUUUGGAGACGGCCUGACGACGGGCCCAGGUCGAGGCACCAAGCGGUUCCUACAGGACUACAACAGUCCCCUGCCUCAGAAACUGGCCAAAAUCCCCCGGCACUCCACUGACGGUGAGUCCUUCAUGGAGAACAGUGCUGCCGUAUCAGAGCACUUAAAGAAGAGCCCUCUCUCUCCAAACUCUACGGUACAAACUGCCAGCCUGAGGUCUCCCUCCAAGCUGCUGCACCACAACAACUCUACAGGCUCGGGCAGUUUCCGGGAGAGCCCGAGACCCAGCGGUCAGGACCCCAACCUGUGGACAGUGGAGGACGUCAUGCAGUAUAUCAGAGAUAUCGACCCGGUGCUGGCCCCACAUGCUGACCUUUUCAGAAAGCAUGAGAUUGACGGCAAGGCCCUCCUGUUGUUGCGUAGCGACAUGAUGAUGAAAUACAUGGGCUUGAAGCUCGGGCCCGCCCUCAAACUCACCUUCCACAUCGACAAGCUCAAACGGGCUUGAGGAGGUCAGCCGGCCAGUCGUAGCCUUCCAAAGGACUAAACUCCAACCCCAUCUCCCUGUUCUAGCAUCGGUAUACCAUGCACUGCAUAUUGGACAUAUUCUGACCAUUUACAUGUAGCAGCUUCCAUCAGACCACCAUAUCUGGUAUUAUAUACCCCUAUCAUGACCUCAUCCAAUGAGGAGUGUUUAUUUUGUGUAGCACAAUCCAGCCCUAAGGCAGCAUGGGAUAUGUAGGAUUACCCACUUGUCCAUCAUCUGUUUUGCAUUUCAGUAUAACUUGAAGAGUCAUAUGUGGCCAUUAUAACUGUAAAAGGCUUUUCUGGCCUGCUUUUGUUAUGUUACAUUUAUUCUGUACAUUUCAUAUUUUGUACUUCACGGAUAUAUGGACUUGUAUUUUUGCCUUUUUCAACGGUUUGUGUGCUAAAAGAAAGAAAACCCUAAAGGAAGAAAAGAAGACACUACAUUCGUCCCAAUAGUUGGGAAUGCUUCUGAUUACCGUCUCUGUUUGAGGCACAAUUUUGCAACUGCGACAAUAUUAAUUACGGGGAGAAAAACACGUUUUCUGAAAUGAAAAAAAAAAACACAAAACACUUAAUUCUAAAAAAUACUGCCAUGAGGAAAUGUGUUUCUUUUCUCUUAUUCUGGAUGUUGUUUACAAUGCCUUGUCUUGUCUUUGUUAUUUGUACUUUUUUAAUUUUUUAUACUAUAUUAUUAGAGUUCCUACAUGGAGAGCCCUAUCAUACUUAACAUUGUUCAAUAAAUAUAUAAUAAUUCA